UAUCUUUUCAAGUGUGCUAUUGCUGCUAGUCGGCUUUCCAUUCCCUUCUUCCAACUCGCCACUGUAGAUCAGUGCGUUUUUAGUCUAUCCCUAUUAUCAGAUUUGCAACCAUGAAGUUCUCCGCUUCCGUCGUUGCUGCCCUCGCGGCCACCCCUCUCGUUGCUGCGGCCCCAGCGCCAUUCCCCAAGACCGAAAAGAAAUGGGUUGACACAAACAGCGGCUUCACAGGGACCAAGAUUCCCGCCCACUUCGUAUCCUCAUUCCGCAAGAUUGCUCGCGAGAAGGCCAUGGGCAAGCGUCAGCUCGAUCAGCUUCUGGGCCAGUUGACGGGCGGAGCUGGCGGCGCGGGAGGUAACGCUGCGGGUGGCGCUGGUGGUCUUGAGGGGCUUCUCGGUGGCCUGACUGGAGGCGCUGCCGGCGGCAAUGCUGCGGGCGGAGCAGCUGGCGCUGGCGGCUUGGGGGGGCUUCUGGGCGGUUUGACGGGAGGCGCGGCAGGAGGUAAUGCCGCUGGCGGAGCAGCUGGCGGUGCUGGUGGUCUUGACGCACUCCUCGGUGGCUUGACUGGCGGCGCGGCGGGAGGUAAUGCGGCGACUGGAUCUGCGGGUGCGGCUGGUGCAGCCACGACCGGAGCAGCUGGUAAGGGAAAAGCGGGUAAGGGCAAAGCAGGCGCUGCUACUCCCGCAGCAGGAGCAGCAGCGACCAACGGUACCGCAUCAGCUGUUGGUGCUGCAAAAGGCAAAGGAAAGAAGGGUAAGGCAGGCGCGGCAGGAGCUACUGCUGGAAAUGGAGCCGGCACUGCAGGCGCAGCUGGGGUCGGAGCAGCAAAAAAUGGAACCGCCGCAGCGACUGGUACUGCUGCAGGAAAGGGAAAGGGCAAGGGUAAAGGCAACGGUGCAGCUGGCACUGCCGGCGCAGGAACUGCUGGAGCGGGUACUAAAGGCACCCAAGGAACUGGUGCGCAGACUGGUACUGGAUCGACGACCGGAACUGCUGGUACAGGCACUGCCGCACAACUCGGCAACGGGCAGACUGGCACUCAGGGAACUCAGGGAACUCAGGGCACUCAGGGAACUCAGGGCACUCAAGGCACUCAAGGCACUCAAGGCGGGUCGAAUGCUGCCAACAGCGGAUCUACACAGACUGGUCAAGCUGGAAUUCAAGGUGCUGGUUCUGCCACAGGCCAGACUGGCACUGGCUCGACUACUGGAAACGGCGGAUCUGUUCAGGCUGGGCAGCAGGGCACUGGCUCUACCACCGGUCAGACCAACACCGGCUCCACUGCUGCGAACGGUGGAUCAACCCAAGCCGGCCAAUCUGGUCUCCAGGGCACUCAAGGUGGAUCAACCGCUGCCAAAGGUGGAUCUACUCAAGCUGGCCAAGUCGGACAGCAGGGCGCUGGAUUGACCAAUGGUCAGACAAGCACUGGUUCGACUGCCGCUAACAGUGGAUCGAGUGUCAGCGGGGGCUCCGCUGCGGGUGCUGGAGCAGGCUCAUCCGCCAUUACCUCCCAAGGCGCAGCUGACGACGCUGGAGACAAUGGAGACGCUUAGGGUCUCUAUGACUCGCUCGUGGGCCCUGGUUGAGAUGCGCAGCACUCUUCUUGUGGAGGUGUAUCUACAAAUUCAUACAAAGGAGGUUGGAUCUUGGUAUGGGAUGUAUAGAUAAUGAAAUGAAUUUGAUGAUCGGAACAGGGUUUGUUGUGUUAGGUUGGUCUUAAUGCAAUGUAUUGUCAGAUCCGAGUUUCGCACCCUGUCCAAGGCGGAAAAUUGAUAGGGUGAAAUGCGUGAGGACUUCGUCUCAGCGUGCGAAGAACAGCAGUGAGAACGAUUGGGCAAAUAAGAGACAUUAGCAUCUAUACAUUGUCAC